CGACCAUUCCUUCCCCGAUAGUUUUGCGAUUAGUUUGCCUACCAUUUGGCAUCUUGACAUUCGAGCUUGGUACCAUCUUGAAUCCACAUAAUGUCGCAAAAUCUCAAAUGUGACACUUCGAAUUGGCUGUUUGAGCUUCCUCCAGAGAUUCUUCUCUACCUUUUGAAAUUCUUCGAUUCAUCACGAGAUCUAUUUGCGAUGGCUUGUGUGAAUAGGAUUUCAAGCCAUAUUUUCCUGCCUUGUCUCUAUACCUUCAAUGUUCGCCGUCAAGAAAGCUCCGCGUUGAUCUGGGCCGCUCAAAAUAACAAAAUCGCUCUGGCAAAUCGUUUGCUAAAGGAAUAUCGAGCAAAUGCCAACACGACAGAUAAUAGAUCUCGCACGCCUGUUUUCCACGCUAUUCAAUUUGGAAGUGAGGAAAUGAUUCGAACUCUUCUGGAAAGUGCAGCAGAUGUCAACUGGCAAGACGGCCGAAAUCAGACCCCGCUGCUAUAUGCUCUGGAGCGGAGACACCUGUCCAUGGCACGCGUUUUAUUGCGGCAUUUCAAUCCAUCAGUGGAUUGUACGGACUCCAUGGGCCGAAAUGCUAUCUGGUAUGCUGUCGCGAGUUGCAAUGAGCAGCAAUUGAUCCGACUUCUACUAGAACGACAAAGCGACAUAUGGAUGAUGGACUACCGACAAACCACCCCUCUUAAUCUGGCGAUUUCCAAACGGAAUUUGCCCAUCAUCCAGCUCCUGCUUGAUCAUUCACAAGCUCAUCCUUCACAGCCUCGACUGGUGGACGUCCAUGCUGGAGACCACCCGCUUUGCUUGGCCGUCCAGGCUGGUCUGAAAGAAAUUGCUCAAACUCUGAUCAAAUAUGGUGCAGAACUCCAUGUCAGAGACAGGUACGGCCAGCCCUUGUUGCACCAAGCCACCAGCAACGGACAUGAUGACGUCACCCAGCUGUUGCUGGGCCAUGGAGUGGAUGUCAACAGCACUGACCCAGGGGGCCGCACAGCAUUGCAUUUUGCUGCAUUUUAUGGCCACAAGUCAACUACCAAGCUAUUGUUGAGUACCCCUGGAAUUCACAUUGCGGCCUGUGACAACGAAGGAGCCACACCUCUCUGCGCGGCCGCGCGUGGAAAUCACCGAUCCGUCGCAUUGCAGAUCUUGGCGAAGGAACCGGCCAACAUCAAUGCACGCGGGCUUGGCCAAAAGACUGCUCUCCACUUUGCGGUGGAAAAUAGGAACCUCCACCUCGCAUGUCUCCUUGUGGACUUGGAUUCACUGGACCUAAACCUCUGCGAUGACCAGGGAUGGACGGCCCUCAGCUACGCAGCGGCCCAAGGCGAUCUGCGGAUGAUGCAGCUCCUUCUUACUAGGAGUGAUCUAGAAUUGAAUGUAUCGCGCGCACCCCCCAUUUAUCUUGCUGCUGAGAGGGGGCAUCUGGAAGUUGUCCGCCGACUCGUCUCUCUGCAAAAGGUCAAUAUCAAUCAGACCUACUGGCGCAAGUCUCCUCUCUUCAUCGCGAUCGAAAACGGCUACCGUGGUGUUGCAAAACUGCUGCUUAAACAAGGGUCUCGACUGGGCGUGAACGCCAAGACGUCCCUUGGGGACACAGCACUACAUAUUGCUGCCUCUUAUGGGAAUCAUAAUAUCGUGGAGCUAUUGCUCAGAAACGAUCGACUCGAUGUUACGGGGGCCAAUCGAUAUGGGGAGUCAGCUCUGGAGCUGGCAGCCCGGAACGGAAAGGAGCCCGUUGUCAGGCUUCUUUGCCGCGACCGCCGAGCAAGAAAUGUAGGCCACUUCCGGAGUGCCAUGGAAGCAACAUCAAAUCCUCGGAUUCUGUAUUUUAUUCAGGGGCAGUUGAUGAAACACGGUGUGGAACAUGGCAUUCGUCGGUCAGCUCGACUUGCCGGAGGAAGUUAUCAGGAUAUGGAGUCUCGCACCACGCCACCACUUCGAAGGUCGGUGCGCUUGUCACAGCCAAGAGUGAGAAGAUUUAGAUGA